AUGGCCGAAGAAGCCAAUUUUGGCAAUCAGCGCGUGGAGGACCUCCAUUCAUUACCAAAGCAUUCAAUCAAAGUUGAUGUAUUGUUUAAGGCUGUUGGCGACGCACCCCGCAUGAAAAAGUCGAGGUGGGCAAUUAAGCGGAAUGAUACCGUGAUAAAUUUGACGAUAUUUCUGCGGAGAUACCUUGGUCUCGGUCAGUCACAGGACAACCUCUUUAUUUAUGUGGCAAGCAGUUUUGCGCCUCCGCUAGAUACCGAAAUUGGCACCCUCUUUGACUCAUUCAGCGCUGAUGGGACGCUCAUCUUGCAAUACUGCAAAACUCAGGCUUGGGGUUAA